AUGGAUCCAGGAUUCUCGGUAGACGAUAUUGCACCGAUCGCCAUCCUCAUGGACGAGUUGCGUUCUGAGGACGUGCAGCUGCGACUGAACGCCAUUCAUCGCAUCUCAACCAUUGCACUGGCCCUAGGCCCAGAUCGCGCACGGAACGAGCUCAUUCCAUUCCUACAGGAUUCUGUGGAUGAUGAAGACGAGGUUUUGUUGGCUCUGGCGGAAGAGCUAGGGAGGAACUUCGAGGAGUACAUCGGCGGAAGCGAGUAUGCACAUUUAUUGCUGGGACCUCUGGAAAACUUGUCGGCGGUAGAGGAAACCCUUGUGAGAGACAAGGCUACCGAGUCCAUCACGAAAGUCUCUGCGGUGCUCAGUCAAGCGCAGAUUGAGCAGUUCUACAUUCCCCUUGUGCAUAGAUUGUCGCGCGGCGAAUGGUUCACUUCACGGACAUCGUCGUGUGCACUGUAUGCCCCGGUCUACGACAAGGUCGCACCACCUCUCCAAGACGAGUUGCGCCGCAGUUUUGCGACCCUGGGCAGCGAUGAUACCCCAAUGGUGCGAAGGGCAGCCGCGAAAUGGCUUGGUCCCCUAGUGAAGAAGUAUUCGAAGCAACAUGUUCUGACCGACGGACUUGUGAUUUAUCGCAGACUACAGUCUGAUGACCAAGAUUCUGUUCGCCUUCUGACCGUAGAGGAUCUAAUUGCGAUCGCUCAACAACUAACGCCGGCCGAGGUCAAGGACCAGUUGCUGAAGCAGAUCAAACAGACCGUGUCCGACAAGAGCUGGCGGGUGCGGUAUAUGGCGGCCACUCAUUUCAAUGAGCUCGCAGACACCGUGGGCCAAGAACUGGUCCGGGAAGAACUCAUAGCACACUACGUUCAGCUUCUGAAAGACAACGAGGCCGAAGUUCGUACUGCAGCCGCCGGCCAGAUUCCAGGUUUCGCAAAACUGCUUGAGAAAGAGGUCAUCUUGGCGCGUAUAGUCCCCUGUGUACGUGACCUCUGUCAGGAUACCUCUCAACAUGUUCGUGCCGCGCUGGCGAAUCAAAUCAGUGGCUUGGCUCCCCUGCUCGAGAAGGACGCCACGAUAGAGCAUCUCUUACCGCUAUUCCUUCAUCUGCUGAAGGAUGAAUUCCCUGAGGUGCGCCUGAACAUCAUCAGCAAACUCGAGCAAGUCAACAGUGUCAUCGGGAUCGAACUUCUGUCGGAGAGCCUGCUCCCCGCAAUAGUAGAAUUGGCCGAGGACAAGUCAUGGCGAGUCCGACAAGCCAUCAUCGAGUACAUUCCGCUGCUUGCAAAUCAGCUCGGCAAGCCUUUCUUCGACGAGCAACUCGGAAACCUCUGCAUGUCCUGGCUAGGUGAUACGGUGUUCAGUAUCAGAGAAGCUGCGACACUAAACUUGAAGAAGCUCACGGAAGUGUUCGGUGUCGAGUGGGCAAAGGUCCAGAUUGUACCCAGGGUAGUUGGAAUGGGUCAGCAUCCCAAUUAUCUGUACAGGAUGACUACUGUCCAAGCGAUCUCGACCAUUGCUUCCUCUCUUACUCUUGACAUAGUUCGGGGCGAGAUCCUUGACACGCUGCUCCAACUAUCCGCCGACCCGAUUCCAAACAUACGUUUCAAUGUCGCAAAGGCGUUAGAAGUGCUGGCGACUACCUUUGGCGAUACUGCGGAAGGCCGACAGCUUGUGCUACAGAAGAUUGUGCCUGUGCUGGAACAGCAGAAAAAUGACCAAGAUGCUGAUGUCAGGUUCUUCGCCGUCCGUGCGCUGCAGAAAGCUCACGAAGUCGCAGCUUGA